AGGCUGACGUUCUCUUUCCUUCAACUCCUGACAUUUUCAUUUCACCCCAACGGACUAAGGAGGGCAGCAGUGGACCUGCACUAGUUGUUCAACGCUCAGGUCCGCUAGCUUUAGCGAGUUCAGCAGCUAACUGAAUGGUGGUGAUGGUAUACAGCUGGGGAGCAGGUUAGAAUAUCUGCUGUUUAUUAUAUUCCGGUAUUUCACUGCUGAGCUGCUAUUUACUCCAGCUGAACUAGAAGAAGUUAGCUAAGGCAGGAAACCAUGUCUUGUGCCUGCACCUCAGCAGCGAGACUCUUCAUAAACUCAGCUCAUAAAGGAAUACAUGGAUCAAGAGUACAGCUGUUUUCUCUUAGCCGAACAGGAUCUCAUGAAAUUCGUUUGACCCAUAAAGUCCCUGUGAGAUCUUUCUCAGAGACCUGUGUGUACUAUGCAUCCAAGGAUGGGAUGAAGGAUGGAGAUGGUGGAAAGAAAUCUGUCGGUGAAGGAAGUGGAAAAAGAUCCAGUUCUGGUGCUUCAGGGAAAGGCGGUAGUCAGCUUCGUUGCCCUAAAUGCGGAGAUCCCUGCACACACGUGGAAACAUUUGUCUCCUCAACUAGGUUUGUCAAAUGUGAAAAAUGCCAUCACUUUUUCGUGGUGCUGUCAGAAACUGACACUAAGAAGAGUCUGAGUAAAGAUCCUGAAUCAGCUGCUGAAGCUAUGAAGCUGGCCUUCCAACAGAAACCACCCCCUCCUCCUAAGAAGAUCUAUGCCUACCUGGACAAAUAUGUUGUGGGCCAGGCCCACGCAAAGAAGGUGCUUUCAGUGGCUGUGUACAAUCACUACAAGCGCAUUUAUAACAACAUGCCAGCAGGCUCCAGACAGCAGCAGGUGGAGGUGGAGAAGCAGGGCUCUCUCACACCCAGAGAGCUAGAGCUAAGACGUCGGGAGGAUGAGUACAGAUUCACAAAGCUGCUGCAGAUCGCAGGGAUCAGCCCCCAUGGUAGCGCCUUGGGAGCCUCCAUGCAGCAGCAGGUGAACCAGCAGCCUCCUCAGGAACGGAGAGGAGGAGAGGUGCUGGACUCCAACCACACCGACAUCAAACUGGAGAAGAGCAACAUCGUACUGCUGGGCCCCACCGGCUCUGGAAAAACCCUUUUGGCCCAAACUUUAGCCAAAUGCCUGGAUGUCCCUUUUGCGAUCUGUGACUGCACUACCCUCACACAGGCUGGAUAUGUGGGAGAGGAUAUUGAGUCAGUCAUCGCUAAACUACUGCAGGACGCCAACUAUGUCAUUGAGAAAGCUCAACAGGGCAUUGUUUUCUUGGAUGAAGUGGACAAAAUUGGCAGCGUGCCUGGAAUCCAUCAGUUAAGAGACGUGGGUGGAGAAGGAGUUCAGCAGGGUUUACUUAAACUCCUGGAAGGCACAAUAGUGAAUGUUCCUGAGAAAAACACACGCAAGUUAAGGGGUGAGACGGUGCAAGUCGACACUACGAACAUCUUGUUUGUUGCUUCUGGUGCUUUUAAUGGACUGGAUCGCAUCAUCAGCAGAAGAAAGAAUGAGAAGUACCUGGGCUUUGGUACACCAUCUAACCUGGGUAAGGGACGACGGGCAGCAGCAGCAGCCGACGUGGCCAACAUCACAGGAGGCGAGGUGGACGCAGUGGCCGAGAUCGAGGAGAAAGAUCGGCUCCUAAAACUCGUGGAGGCGCGUGACCUGAUCGAGUUUGGCAUGAUCCCGGAAUUUGUGGGUCGUCUGCCUGUGGUGGUACCGCUGCACAGCCUGGAUGAAGACACACUUGUUCGCAUUCUGACUGAACCUCGAAAUGCUGUAGUACCACAGUACCAGGCCCUCUUCGGUAUGGAUAAGUGUGACCUGACUGUAACCCCUGAUGCCCUGCGAGCGAUUGCCCGAAUGGCGCUGGAACGGAAGACAGGUGCUCGAGGGCUUCGCUCUAUAAUGGAGAAACUGCUGCUGGACCCCAUGUUUGAAGUGCCACACUCAGAUAUUGUAGCUGUGGAGAUAAACAGGGAGGUAGUUCAUGGAAAAACAGAGCCUCAUUACGCAAGAGCACCAGCAAAAGAAGCAGCAGAGGAGGAAUAUGACUCUGGAAUGGAGGAAGAGAACUGGACCAGGCAGGUUGAUGCAGCCAAGAAUUAAAACCAGCCAACAAAAAAACUUCUUAUUUAAGCUCCAAAUGAUGAAUAAUUUUUUUAUUUCAGUUUAUUAAGUAAGUAAUGAUUCACCAUGGGUCCAUUUACACACAUACAUGUACACACUGAUGUAUGUAGCCCUGAAUGAUCUGUACUAAUGACUGAUUCACCUGUAAGUCACAGUGUGGAGUUUUCACUUAUCCUGAAUUAUACUUAUGGACAAAUGAUUUAGACGAAAAACAUGUUUAAACCAAAUGUAAUCUAUGAACUAUGCCUCCCAGUGAGUGACUGUUAAUAGUGAAUGUAAAAAAAUAUUUUAUUCCUUUAUAAACAUAUGUUUAGAUUUUUAUGAGCUGUUUGCUUUCAUUGGUUUGAAUGGAGAUAAGAGGAUAAAGAUCACAUCUUCCUCUUUGUUAUAAUGUUGAAUAACCGUUUUCUUUUUCUGCUCAGAGUGUUAUAAUAUAAAAAAAAGUUCUGGACACAAUGUUCCACUCUACAGUGUAAAUCUGUUGAGAUUUAUCCACUGAGGUACUUGUUUUGUUUCAUUAUACUCCUUUAGCUUUUACUUGACAGGGAAACUCCUCAUGAAAUCUGAGUGAGCAUAUUUGUGACACACCGGAAGUAGUUCUUAACAAAACAACUUUGUAAUAGAGUUUUAUAGUCCUCUAUUUAUCUGCUGCUGUCUGUAUUACCCUUCAUGCUGCAUUAGUUUUGUGCAUGGGUUUGUUUGUCUUUUAAUGGACUGGUUUAGAACAAUAACUGUUCCAGAACGCUGCUGAUUGGUUGGUCCUUAAGGAGCUUAAACAUGAGCAUAGUCUUGUUACUCUAACCUGUUAGACCAAGGUUCUUCAGAUCUGGUCUUGGAGGGCUGAUACACUGAUGUCCAGUCCUGCUCAAACACACCUACUAACACUGGCAGAUAAAAGACGAGUAGAAUGAGGGAUAUCACAAACCAUACUGGACCCUCCUGAAAUGGAAUUAUAAGCUGCUGCAUUAGCUAGAUUUCCCAUCAGUAUUCUUUGAGAAUUCCUCCAAUUACGCACCUUGUAUCUCUCGCUGCUCACAUUUUCCUCUUUCACAUUGCAUGUUGUGUAAUUCACAUCCCACUUUUGUGAAUUACACAACACUCAUCUCUCCUUCUGACUGGGAAACCUUCUCUUAAGAUAUGUUUUUAAUAGGUGUAGCUUUUUCUGUGUAGACUGAUUUUCUGUGUAUACGCACCAUCAUGGAUUGUCUGAGUCAGAUUGGUUUAUUUUAAACCUCUGAUAACAUUCAAGAACAGAAAGAACAGAUCAAACUGAUUAAAAACCUCUUCAAAAAAACCUGCACAGAUUCUGUAGUAAGAUGAAACCAAGAUAAGCUUGAGUAGGAAGAAGCACAAGAUAGGUUGAAGUCAAACAUGGUGGAGGCACUGUUUUUGAAUGUGUUCAAAUGGACUGACAAAUUGUGACAGACUUUUUAAAGAACUUCAACUAUUUUACAGCUGGGAUCAUGUGUACAGAUUUUUCAGAAAAAUCUUUGAUCUAGGAUCACCUCCCAUUUUUGCUCUAAUCAUUAUGAUAAUUACUAAAGCUGCACAAUAUAUUGUUUGCUAAUUGUGUACUUUCAAUACAUAAUAUAAUACAAUAUCAGCAAUUUGGUUAUUAUGUGCAGCCUGGUGGUGAUCUUUUUUGUUUCAGAAUUAAUUAAAUCAGUUAUGUUACAGAACUGAUUUUGAUUUAUUGGUCCUAGAUCAACGUAUUUAUUCUGGGAUGUUAAGCAGACAGAUCCCAUUCCUCUGUUCUUUUGUAGGCUUUCUUGUAAAAUGAUAUGGGUUAAUAAAGCUGUCCUUAACUCUC